AAUUUCAACCGCCUCUCAACCCAUCACCUGCACCCACACCCACAAUUUAGGACUGGGUGGUAUUGCUGCACAGUAUCAACUAGUGACUUAUCUAGAAGGCGCAGAAGCUCUGCAGAGCCAGGAUGGCAACGGCACGGGCGUAUACGUUGAACGCGUUCUGGCACAAUGGGCAGUAGAGUACCUGAUGACAUUCUUCGGUGAAAUCACUGACUGA